ACUUCCGGCGUUGAGGAGCGCGUGAAGAUGUUCUCGGAGUGACUGACUGACACUCUGUUGGACAGGUUACUUGGCCGGUACGAAAUUCGAUAGUAAAUAUGCAGCCGCGUUAUUAUCAUAGUGAGUGACCGUUGUAAUACGCGCGAUUAUAAUGGCAGAGCACCUGUCGAAACGGCCUUCUAAAGGAAUCCUAAAGACGUCUAGCAGUUUUGAUAAUCCAGAGGCGCCUAGACCGAGUAAAGAGACAAAAUGGGACGAAAUGAACAUUAUUGCCACUCUUCAUCCUCCUGACAAGGAUUAUGGACACAUGAAAAUUGAGGAACCAAAAACCCCAUAUAAUUUUGAGGGCCUUCAAAAUGAACAUGAAUUUGAUCAAUUAGACGCUGGCGCUAUUGCAGCAAAAUUAGCUGGAAGUAGCAAGCCAAAAAUUUUUGAAGAAUCCCAGGAAGAAGAAGAAGAAGAAGAAGAGGAGGAGGAAACUCCUGAACAAAGAGAAAAAAGGAAAGCCUUCGAGGCAAAGAGGAAAGGUCACUAUCAGGAGUGGCAUGCUGUACAACUGGCAAGAAAACAACUCUUGGAGCAAGAUGAAGAAGAUGAGGAUGAAGAUGGUGAGGAUAAGAAUAACGAGGAAAAUUCUUCGGAGGAAGAGAACAAUUUUGACACUCGUUAUAAAUGCAUGCCGUCCUGUGAUAGAAGCGAAAAAAAAUAAACGAAAAUAUUGAUUAGCGA